CAAAAGUAGGGCAGCAAAACACAAUAUGACACAUAAUAUCUAUCUAUCUAUCUAUCUAUCUAUCUAUCUAUCUAUCUAUCUAUCUAUCUAUCUAUCUAUCUAUCUAUUUUUACUUGUGGUAGCCUCUCAGUAUUCCACUUCAUGUAACUCAAGUAAAAGGAACUGAUUACUUCCUCCAGCACUUCUCUUUUGUGAAUGCAUUUCUUCAUUUCCUUACUCAACCCUCGACGAUGUUUCCCAGCCAAAUGGCUCCCAAGGCGACGACUUGUUGUCUUGACUGGUAAAACUGUAUGACUCACGGCGUCUAUAUUCCAGGAGCGGGAGGGUUUAGUGAUUUAACUCACGGUGCUCUGGAAACACACUAUCAGUUUGGCAGACUAGUCCAAGAGUUUGGUCACUUCCUGUUGGCUGGCCGCGAGACUCCUGUUGAGAAACACAUCUCGUUUAUUUCAGGGGUUCUCGUUCUUUCUUUUUCUUUUUUCUUUCUUUUUUUCCCCUUUUUUUUGGGUUUUUUUUUUUUUUUUUUUUUUUUGCAUCAGUUCCUGUUGCAUAGUGGCUCAAAAAACUCAAGAGCAAGUAGGGUGGAAAUGCAGCGCAGUGAAGUGCACACUGUGCCCCAACACGCACUGUGAAGUGGCGUGUUUUUAUUUUAUUUUAUCUCGAGCAGAUGAGAACCACCACAGCUCCAGGAGACGACUUCUCUCAGCUCUGGUGAUGGGAUAGAAGACAUGUAUCCCCUUCUGCUCCUGCUAGUCCUGGGUGUAACACCCUCCGCCUGUAAGGCAGGCAAUGAGAACACCUGCGAUGUUGUCCCUAAAGAUCUGUACAUUGAAGCGGGAUCCAGUAUCUUGGUAGUGUGCCUGACCUCAUGCGUCCGUGGCAAAAUCUACUGGACGCUGGACAACAAUGUAUAUGAGAGCCGGUAUGACACGACCAACUCGACACAUGCAGUCCUGUCACUGAGGAACUUCACUCUCCCCAGGGCGACACUGCAAUGCCACAGCAAUGACACCCAUCAGGUCCUCGGAGGCACCACCAUCAGAACGUACCUAAAACCCAGCAACCUGUCAUGCUUCCUCCAUUAUAAGAAAGUGAGAAGGAAUACACCAGAUCUGUUCACAUGUAGCUGGGAGCAUCAGGUCGACCCUUCGUUGACGAUAAACUACUCUUUACUGAGGACUGAUUCAUCCUCCCCUGAGCUGAGUGUCUGCAGCUCAUCUAGAAAAAGAUGCACAGGGGCAUAUAACUCUUUCAAUAUAACUUUAUCCGGGUCUUAUAAUGUCACUGUGAAAGCUCAAUCUGCUGUUUGGGAAGCGACCUCCGACCCUUUUGAAUUUAAAGCUUUACAUAUUAUAAAAAUCCCCCAGCCAGAGUUAAGUAAUGUGACUCUCAGCUCUGAUCGUCUGCUGGUUAUGUGGAAAAUCUGGCCAUACGAUUCAUCAAAUAAGUACCACUGUCAGGUCAACUACAGCAAGAUGAUCAGUGAAGGAACUCCAGAGUGGGAGAUCAGUGAGAUAGAACAUCAGGAAAGUGCACGUUGGAGCAUGACCACAGAGAGAUUGGAAUCCUGCAGUAACUACACAGUUGCAGUCCGCUGUAAUUUAAGCAAGGGCCCCUGGAGUGACUGGAGCCCGGAGAAGAUGGUUCUGUCCAAACUGAAAAAGAGCGAUUACGAGCCGCGCCUGUGGAGAACGGUAGCUGGAGUGGAGAAAAAUGGAGUCAGAAGAGUUCAUGCCAUGUGGACGUAUGUUCCUCCAACAUGCCAAGACACAUUUAACUACACUAUCAGACAAACGCCCUACAAAGAAAACACGACUGGAGUGAAUCACACGGCUGCUUUAUGUGACAGUUCGAUUUGUGAUGUGAACCAAGAUGCACACAUAAUAACUCUUGAAGUCUUCCAUAAAGACUCCCUGUUUGCGGAGGACUCUGUUUAUGUUCCAGCCAUUGGAGAGACAGGCCUCCCUGAAGUUACCGGCAUCCAGACGAACUCAACCCCUGAGGGUGUCAUUUGGCUUAGCUGGAAGGCUCCUGUGCAGCCUGUCAGGGCUUUCAUGAUCGACUACACCCACAAUGGAAAUCAGUCCUGGAAGGAGACCAAAGACACUCACGCAAGUCUGGAUGCCCUCUUGGAUAAGACGCCGUACAAUAUCACAGUAACUCCCCUCUUUGAUGACAAGACAGGUCAUGGUGCACAGGUGCUUGAUAUCUGCUCCAGAAAAGGAGAUCCAGGGAAUGUCGAUAUCAGCAUUAUGCCUGGACAGCGAAGUGCUUAUAUAAGUUGGGAUGUGAGGCCACAGGAGGUGUGCAGUGAUGAGGUUGUCAGCUUCACCAUCUUCUACAGCACAGAGCAAGGACCAGAGCUCAAUGUUACUGCCAGCAGCAAAAGUCAUCACACUCUGCAAGAUCUGACACCAGAAACUCAAUACAGCGUCUAUGUCAAGGCCACAGCUCACACCAGAACCACCAACAGCGAAGAGAAGUCCUUUAAAACCACAAGAUUCGAUCCGCAUUUCAGCCGAACUCUCACCAUCUGCGGAACCCUCCUUAUAUUCCUUGUGUUAUCUGUCGGAUUGUGCAGUGCUGUUCAGUGGAAGAAAUUCAAGGACAAGCUGGUGCCUGAUCCUGGCCGCAGUUCUGUGGCGUUGUUGGUGUCAGCAGGUCAAAAGAUGGGCCCGUGCACCUUCGAGCCAUCCGAAAGCAUCUGCAGCAACAUUUACACUGAGGAAGCUCAGACGCCGUCCACCUUUCUGCCUGACACAGGCUUUAAUGAAAACCCACCAAGUGAGCAGACAGGAGGAUACGAUGACCCUGCCAUAGCCCCGGCAACAGACAGACAAACUGAAGACCCGGUUGAACCUGUAGAGACGCAGCCUCCAUCUUCUCCUGGAGAAUUAUCACAUCUGCUCUCUUCAGAGAGCGGCCUGUCCAGCCCAUAUCGAAGUCAGAGUCCCCAGGAAACUCCUGCUCCGAAGACCAGUAAGCCAUGUAAACGUGUGCCAGUGAAACAGCCGGAAAAGAUGCCACCGCUGAGUGUUUACGUCAGUCUGGACAUGUUUGAACAAGGUCAGGGCAGGUAAGGGAGGUGACAAGACAACUUGUAACGAGUUUACAAGAAUCAAGUUGGACUGCGCUCGAUGGGGAAUGAAAGUAAUGAUGAUUGGGUUUAAUAUGACUGUUUAUCAAAAUGUAAUGCCUUGUUGUGUAAAACACUGUAUGUUUGCAUUUCACCAACGUCUAUCUUUUAUUGAUACAAACAUGUAAAUAUUUAUGUAAAAAAAAAAUGUGUGUACUUGCUGCUUUAUUGAGUCAAGCUGAUGUAUUUUACAGAGAUAGUUACAUGGACAUAAUAUAUGUAUGUCCCUCAAGCAGGGGUUUUCUAUUCAUUUACUACAUCAUGUUGUGGAGGUCGAAAUGAUGAAACAAAUGUGAACACAUUCAGACUGCAUCAUAUUAUGUCAUAACGCCCAGGUUUGUCCAUGGUAGCUUUGGUAGAUUUGUGUAAAUAGUGAGGAUUCAGUUUUGUUUUAAAAGUCAGAAUACUAUCCCUGUACUAUAUUAGGAUUCUCAUGUGUUUCUUGUUUAUUUUUCCUGCACAACUUGGCGUGAAUUACAACAUUAACAUUUACUUUACAUAAGCUGUGUGAUAGUAUGGCAUUUAUUGUUAUGCAGCUAUGUUUAGAUAUCCCUUUCACACUAGUCGUUUUUUGUAUAGAAUGAUGUGAAAAGGGCUCCAGAACUACACCCAACAUGCUGUUUACAGAUAUAAUGCAAUGCCUCAUCACAAAUCUAGUUUUGUUCACUGUAUAUUGUGUGUAUAUAUAUAUAUUGAAAAUGGUUAAGGGGGCACUAUGUAUUUUUUGGAGAAGAAAUUCAAACUCAGAAGUUUUACAUUUUCAACAUAAAUGAGGUAAUGAUACAAACUCAGAAAUAUAUAUAUUUUUUCAAUACAUUUUUAAACAAGCUGUUCUCAGAGGAAAAUAAGGUCCCUAGAACAAUGUUCGAAGCAAGAAAGGUGGCAGGGUCCGCCACAAACAGUACGAAAUCGUGUUGUCCUUGAAGGUCAGAUUGUUUAUUCAGUCUGAUUAUUAAGUGUGUUUACGCCUAAAAAAUCAACAAAGAUCUUUCUCUUUAGAAGUUAAAACUUCCAACUCCAUAAACUACAUAGUGCACCUUUAAACAGUUCAAAGUUAAUUCAUCACCAAAUGCAUUGAAACAUUUUAAUAAAUAUUCAUGUAUAUUCACAUUUAUAUAACAUGUAUAUAGUUAAAUGUGUUUGAAAACUGGUGUGAGUUUGUACUUUAUCGAACAUGAAACAAUAAAACAAAACCAGGCCAUGUCUGUGGCAGAGAACCACAAGAAUAUUACAAAUAACAAACAUGUAAAAUAAAGAAAGGAAAAUCAGUAAUUUA